AAUUCAAACAAUUUCUAUUAUGAAUUCUAUAAAAAAUUUUAUUUUCGUCUUGACAUUCAUAUUUUCGGCGGCUACCUUCAAAUGUGAAGAAAAUGAGGAUCUUUUUGUGAUAUUCACCCAACAAUUUACUGCGAGUCAAUGUUACAAAGAAGUCAAUCAAAAGACCCCAGUUUGUGACAAACCGAAGAACCCAUGGUUGAUUUCUGAAUUUUUGCAUCAGUUACCUAACGAUCCGUCAUUUGUGUGCAUAAAUUCUGUCAAAAAAUUGGACCCGACAACCAUAUCAACAUCAACUAUAAAUGAGUUGGGCAAAAAAUGGAGGCGUCCUCAUUGGUUAACAGAUCCAUCAGUUGCAGCAAAAAGAAUAUGGCGCGAUUUCGGAGGCUGCACUUCGAAAAUAAGUGAAAUUGAUGAUGCAACUAAAUAUUUCAAUAAAUCGUUUGAGAUGCAUGAAAAGUAUAAUUUGAAUAAUAUUCUAAGUGAAGCAAAGAUUACUCCUGGAAAUAAUUACACAGCCCAAGAAAUAUCAGAUGCUGUGUCUUCGGCUACGGGGGGCAAAAAAGUUUUACUCCGAUGCACGUGGAAUUUUGUAACUGACGAAAAUAUUUUGGAAAUGAUAACAAUCUAUUUAGAUAAGACCUUCAAGCCGAUUGAUGCCAUUAAACAUGACCACUUCGGUACAAACGAAUGUCCGUCUGAUAAACCGAUCGUGUACGAAGAUGAAAAGGUCAAUACCAAUGCAGGAAAGGUGAACUACGAUUUACAAGACUAUACCAUGGAAGAUUCAUUGAAACUUUCUAAAUCUGAGGAAAAACUCUAUGGAGAUCCCGCUGUUAAAUAUCCAACACUCUCGGAAGACGACAAUGGCUAUUAUAUAUUUGAGCAGAAGUUUGAUAAUUUUUACUGUUAUGAAGAAGAUGUUAGUAAAUGUGCUUUACCGAAAUACCCAUGGUAUAUAAAUUCAUUCACAUAUGAAUUCAAUCAGGAUAUAAAAUUUGAUUGUGAAACGAAUAGUGAUAAUUUUGAUCCGAAAAAUAUAUCUUCGAUCCAGGAUGAACUCUUCGAAAAAUGGAAUAAUAAAAUGGAUGACGUUGCAGAAGCGUUCGGGUUCCGGUGGGCAUAUGGAGCCCGAUGUUCCGCUUACUUUAAGGGCCUUGAUAGCCCAUUUAAAUUUUAUAAAAAGUCUAUUGAGUUACUUGAUAAAUAUAACAUGGAUGUUAUUUUACAUGAAUCAAAUAUUAUUCCCGGAAAUAAUUAUACUUUUCAAGCAAUAGCUGAUGCUGUUUCCAAGGGUUUGCAGGGCACGGAAGCUGACAUUGAAUGCUCAAGAGGAUUCGGGGAGAAAAUUUACGACCUGACUUCUAUAAAAAUUUACUUCGAUCAGUUUUUUAAUCCAAUUAACAAAACUAGAGACAAUGAUGAUACGGCUGUCGAUUGCCCACUUGCUGAAAAUAUUCAGUACAAAAAUUUCAUACACUCGGUUAAACCAACUCCAUUAUUUACUUCAUUUGAUUAUCCUACAAUAUUUUAGGGCCCUGUAAAAAUG